AAUAAUUAACCUCCUCUGUUACCAAAUCUCAACUGCCUGCAGGUACUCCAGACUCCCUCCGAGUUCAUUCUGUUUCAUGUGUUGCUCUCAACCACCUCCAUUACCCACCGCCCGUACUUCAAAAUUCAAAACACUUCUGCUAGGGUUUCUUCCUCCCUGCCACAGCCAUCUAUCAAGCUCCCCUGAUUCUCUGCAAAUUUUCAAGUAAGCAUUGUUGGAUUCUCUGAAUAUCUUGAUUGCUCUGUUAGCUGUUGUCUUUAAAUUGUUCUGCUGUCGCAUCUUCGAAAUUUCAUACAAGAUACUUGGAAGUUACUCGUUUUGCAUUAGAGUUUUUUUUUUAUUGAGAUUUGUAGCACGGUCCACUUGGUUUUUUUGAACCUAUUCUUUUGUGGGUUAUGAUCAAAAACUGGGUGAGCUUGAACUUUGACUUCUUGGGUUGAAUACGGAGAUCAUUGGAGUGUUAUUUCUUUUCUAUUUGAUUCAAGAUCGAGUGCCUUUGUUGUGGUCUAAACUUCUUGCUAUAAUUCAAGAUUAACUGCGUUAGUGAUAUGAACUCAUUUCUAAUACAAUAGUGAUCGACAUGGUCCUGUUCGUGAAUCUAUUAUGGGUAUGAGGAAUUUUUUUAUGGAAAUUUUCUUACUAUGGGGAGUGGUUUUCGCAACUCUUGGUGCGGAUGAUUGAGAGGAUGAAUAGUUUAGAUAGAAGCACAUCACUCAACCGGCGGGCGUUGAAUGUAAGCAGCCCAAAAUUUAGCCGAAAGAGCUCAGUCUCACAAUUUCGUUUCCUUGUUGUGAUUGGAUCGAUUACUUCAUUCCUUGUGGCAAUUGCUGGUGGAUAUGUCUAUGUCCUCCCUAAUCUUGGUCAGGCAUUUCAUGGUUAUGGGUUUUCUAGAUUCAACAAUACAAUGCUAGGUUGCGAUGUUUAUGAUGGAAAAUGGGUUCCUGAUGAUAGUUACCCACUGUACAAUGCUUCGACAUGUCCCUUUGCAGAAAAGGGAUUCAAUUGCUUGGGUAAUGGACGGAAGAAUAAAGAUUAUAUUAGAUGGAGAUGGAAGCCAAAGAAUUGUGAGAUCCCGAGAUUUGAUGUGUGGGUUAUCUUGAAAAGGCUUCAAGGCAAGAGGAUUGUUUUUGUUGGUGACUCUAUGAGCAGAACACAGUGGGAGUCUCUGAUAUGCUUGCUUAUGACAGGGGUAGAGGAUAAGAGUAGCGUCUAUGAAGUUAAUGGAAGCAAGAUAACAAAACAGGUUAGAUACUUAUGUGUACGAUUCAGUUCCUUUAACUUCACAGUCGAAUUCUUCCGUUCCGUUUUCUUGGUGGAACAUGGUUGGGUUCCUAAAAAUGUACCAAAGAGGAUCCGUUCUACACUUAAAUUGGACAAGUUGGAUGUUAUUAGCAAGGAGUGGGUUAAUUCGGAUGUUCUCAUUUUCAACACAGGACAAUGGUGGGUGCCAGGGAAGCUCUUUAAAACGGGUUGCUUUUUUCAAGUUGGAGGAACACUCAAGUUGGGAAUGUCAAUCUUAACUGCCUACAGGAUUGCACUAAACACUUGGGCAUCAUGGGUUGAAACCAUGAUCAACACAAACAGAACACAUGUUUUCUUUCGAACGUUUGAGCCAUCUCACUGGAGUGAUAAAACCCGUAGGUAUUGCAAUAUCACCCAACAUCCUAUGUCAAAAACCCAAGGGAGAGACAGAAAUCUAUUUUCAGACGCCAUAUUGGAAGUAGUGAAGAAUAUGACAAUUCCAGUGACCCUUCUACGUAUAACUUCCAUGUCAGCUUUCCGUAGUGAUGCCCAUGUUGGUACAUGGAGUGACAGUACUACAUCUGUGCCUGACUGUAGCCAUUGGUGUCUACCUGGAUUACCUGAUAUGUGGAAUGAAAUUGUCAUUGCAUACCUGCUUGCCAGCGAUGGGCUUACACCACAGAGAACUGGCGGAAGAGAUUGAACAUUGGGGAAGUUGGAGUUUUCCUCUUUUUCUCUAGCUCUGGAUUGGACAAUUCUUGGGAUGGCAGCUCAGAAUUUAGGACAGCUUUGCCACGGAAAAUGAAAAUACUUUUCCUCAAUUUAAUUUUGUUUUUUUUUUUUUUAAGUUCUUUUGCAUUGGAGAAGGGUCUGAAUUUUUGGUCUCUGAGAUGUAACAAUUUUUUUGUCCAUUUACGUUCACUGAUCAACAUGAUAGGACGGUGUAACAACAUAAAAAAUCACUGCAAUACAAUCGAUUCUUUUGGGUUCC